AUGAUGCGCGAAAGUCAAAAAGAAAAAUUAGAAGAAUCCAUUGGUCGUGGUGAAAUUGAAACCAAAAAUGGAUUAAACCAAGAACUUUCUCUUACUAGAGCCGGAGAUGCGCGUUGGAAUUCUCAUUAUAAAACUCUAUCGCGUUUGGUUGGUUUGUUUUCAUCUAUUUUUGGUGUGCUUGAAUAUAUUGAAGAUGAAGGCCUUAAUAGUUUUAGUCAACGUCAAGCAAGUGGUCUUCGCAUAUAUCUUCGAUCAUUUGAUUUUGUGUUCUACUUGCAAUUGAUGUUGAAAAUUUUAGGGAUUACAAACAUAUUGUCGCAAGCUCUACAAAGAAAGGAUCAAGAUAUCGUGAAUGCUAUAAGUUUGGUGAAAUCAACCACUACAACAUUAAAAAAGAUGAGAAAUGAUGGGUUUGAUGCACUUAUAUUGGAUAUCACCUCUUUUUGUGAGAAUAAUGGCAUUAAAAUGUUGAACGUGGAAGAAGUUUAUGUCAACCCAAGAGCUCGAAGACAAUAUACCAAUAUUUUCAAUCGCCAUUUUUACGAGUUUUUUUGUUUUAACAUUUAUAAAGAUAGGUUGGAUAUUCUACAAGAACUUUUGGUUUACCCCAAUCAUAUGCAACAAGAUAAAAGAUUUGCAUCUUUGAAGAGCAUAUCCGACCUUGCUAAAGUAAUGGUGGAAACCAAGAUGCAUCGGUUAUUUCCUUUGAUUUAUCAGUUAGUGAAGUUGUCGUUGGUCUUGCCGAUUGCAACCGCAACGGCAGAGAGAUGUUUUUCCGGGAUGAAGCUUGUAAAGUCAGAUUUGCGGAAUCGAAUUUCAGAUGAUUUUCUAAAUGAUUGUGUAAUUUGCACGGUUGAAAGAGAAGGAUUUUCAAAGAUUACAAAUGAAAAUGUUAUCAAACGUUUCUUAGCUAUGCGCCCUCGUAGAUUUCAACUGUAA